CCAGGGGGCGGAGCCCGAAGUGUCAUGGCGGCUGCCUUUCGCCGCCCAUCGCCUCAACGCGGGGAAGAAGCUUCCGGGAGGAAAGGAGAAGGCGGGCCGCCUUUCGCCUCCUCCUCCUGGGAAAGCUGCCGCGGGGAGGCCCGGAGCUCGCCUCUGAUGGCGCUCCGCAACUCUACACGUGCCCUAUCAUUCGCACCGUUACGACGGUGACACGUGUCGACCCCCGCCUAGCCAGUCGCGUGUCAAUGCUUUCCCGGUCGGGUCAGGAUUCAGGAGGCUUAAUUUGAAGGGUGGCCAACUUUAAUGUAUUAUUUCACCAGGUGGAUUAAUUCCUUGUUAUAAAUCGCUUUAAGAAACCUCACUUCCUCUUGGCCUCUGUUUUCUUCUUAAACUGGAAUGACUAAAACUGCCUUCCACUGAAGUUGAACCUGGAAUUUUGACUCUAACCAGGAUAAAUACUUGAAUAAACAAGUAGAGUCUCAUUUAGUGGCUGUCGUCUUGAAGACCCCUUUGAAGGGUUCCCGAUGGACGCCGCCGAAUUCCCCGUGGAGGAUCCAGUAACGCCAGAUUUGCUGCUGCUAACCGGCAACGGUGGGGAAGUUGGAGAAACAUCUGGACCAACUUCUAAAGUGCCAAGACUUAAUGGAGCUCAGGAAGAGGCGGAUCUAGCUGUCCAUGGACUUUCUCGAGAGGAAGAAGAAGAAUCCAGCUUCCGGGACACUGCGGUGGACUCCGAGGAAAAACCGGACAACGAGAAGGAGGAGGAAGAAGGGGUGGAAGAAAGUGGCGCAUGGACUGACGGAGGAGAAUAUUACUUUCCAGCAUACGACUUCGUGGAGGCCCCCCGACUUUUGACCGGCUCCUGGGAUGAGUACAGCCGCACCCCGGAGAACUACCUGAAGGGGUGCAAGUGGGCCCCCGAUGGGACCUGCCUGGUGACCAACAGUGCCGACAACACCCUGCGAAUAUACAACCUUCCUCCGGAGUUGUACGCGGAGCAGUGGGGAGACGUGGCUGAAAUG